CAAUUAAGUUUCUUCAUUCUUCACUUCAUAAUAUCAACUUCAUUCUAAACAAUUAGAAAGAACAAAUUAUACAUGACUCCACAAAGAUAAAGAAUAUUAGUUGUUUAAGGAAGAUAUAUUAUUUAGAAUAUUAAAUAUACCGGGAAAGUAAUAAUAUGUGUGUGGGCGGGUACCCAUGGGGCGGGUUUACCUAAACCCAAACCCAACCCGACCCGGUGAAUAGUGUAGCGGGUUUAAACCCGAACCCGACCCAAAACCCGUCAACACGGGUUUUACCCGCAUUGACCGGGUUGGGUCGGGUGGGUACCCGUGGGUUCGGGUUUUGUUGCCAUCCCUAGACGGCACUGCUGGUCUCCAAACUCUUUGUAUAACUGCUCGUAAAUAAAAAAAAUAUCGGACUAGUAUAAAUUUUAACAAAAGCCAGAAUGUGUUUUUAUAUUCUGAAAAAGAAUAAAAAAUAGGCUUGGUAAAUUGCUCAACAAAUUUGUAUAUCUUACUAGACAAUAGUUCACGAACUGAUCGCAUAUGGAUUUCUAACUUUGUUCUUGAUGUAACUCAAAGUUGAAAAGACUCUUACAACACUUGUUGUGUAACCAUAAAAUCAAUUCAAAUUAAGGGUAGCCCGUAAUUAGUUUAAUUGUUAGGUUUCGGAAAUACUCGGGGAUAAGGAAUAACUUUUUACUAUUAUGUAGUGUUUAAAAUAGAACAACAAAUGAGUUGCAACUUAAUGGAGGACAAUGUUUAAAAAAUAUAGUAUAUCCUAAGUUUGAAUAACACAGACUAUCGCUUAUUUUUUUAAGUAUACGCAAACUACUACUGAGAAUAAGAUUAUCGUUGUAGGGGUGUCCCGAAUCGCUAAUUAUAUUUUUUUUAUCCAUACAAAACUACUACCGGAGGUUGAAUAAUCGUACUCCCAAAUUUUAGGGGUGUCCCGGACACCCCUAAACCCUCAUGUAUCCGCCCCUGGUUGUGGUGUAUGGGGCUAGGCCUCACGGACGUUAGGUUUGAAGGUGACGCUAAAGUAAUCAUCGACAAGAUCAAUCGAAGUGACCAUAGAGAUAACCGGAUGGGUGUUGUUGUUGAGGAGCUUGUGCAUUAUUUUCGCGUCCAUUCGGGGUUUAGUAUUCAGUUCGUACGUCGGCGUAAUAAUAAGGUAGCCCAUAAAAUGGCUAGGAAAGUCCUAUCUUUGUACCUGUUCAUAAGUCGUAUCUUUGAUUUUCAGACCUGGCUGAAUUCCAGGAUGUAACUAUCGUUAUUUUGAAUUAAUAUAUGAUUAUAUUUUGUAAAAAAAAAAAAAUGGUUAUGCAUUAUGCUCCUUCCACAAGAACCAAAGUAGGACAUAGCCAGCUCUUCAUCUGAGUCUCGGGCCAAAUCCAUGGCUCUCCAAAACCACUAAUCAAAAACAGUUUUAGGCCCAUGGGCCAUGGGCAGACCUGGCAUGGCAAUAUGAUCGAUCAUCUCCAUUUCCGACUAGGAUUAGCUUAGGGAACCGCUUACUGUUGCUAUAAAUCUAGCUUCCCAUAACGAAUCAACCCUUUAGCCGCUGCUGCACUCGCACUUGCUCUUUUACUUUUACAGGUCAAGAAUACUCGCUAUCCAAUUCUUUGCUCGAUCGGUUCUGUUUCUGUUCUGCCCCCAGUUUCCUGAAUUUCCAAAAUGGCGCUCCCGUCCCCGGCAAUGGGGAGCGACGGGAUCCUUUUCAGGACCCAAUCGGGGGUGCUCGACAUCGCCGACUCCGCAAUCUCCGUCGCUGAUCCCCGCUGCCAACGCAAGAACAAGAAGGAGAAGAAGUACUCUGCUCCUGUUCAGCCGACGAAGAAAGCGAAAGAAAUCGCCAACGUGCUUCCGCUCUCUAAUUCCGAUGUGAUGCCAGAAGCAGAACUAGGAUGCAAUCCGCCGCCGCCGGAAUCUUCGGUGGAGAAGGAGGAGGAGGAGGAGGAGAAAAUCAACGGUGGCCGCCGCCGCAUUGUUGGGCUUGCAAGGGAGGAAGCACGAUCGAGAAGCACCGCGUCGCUGCCGUGGAAAGAAAGUAGAGAUUUCGUAAUGGAUGACAGGAGAAGACGACUUGUGGAGAUGGCUAAGCGUUACCUGCGAAAGCACCGCCGGUCGGAUCCGUCGGAAGAUGCAUGUUACGGCGACGGAGGCGGUGACGAAAGUCCGACAAAGAGACAGAGGCUUGGCAACUAAAGCUUCUACUACUACUACCCACGACUAGGAAGUGAUCAAACUAGACUUGAAUUGCACCAGCAGAUCUGUGUUGUUAAUGUUAUCGUUUCUCUUUGUUAGUUGAGGAAGAAGAUAGUGCAGAAUGACUGAAUUGAUUUUGGGUUAAUACCUUAAUUUGGUCUGAAUAAUAGACAAACUUUCUAUUUUGGUCCAUGGUAUCGAAAAUUGCUAUUAUGGCCUAAACUAUGUAGCAUACUUCCUUAUUUGGCUCGGAGACGGGUUUGACUAUCAAAUUAGACGGUCAAUCGAGUCGACCGUUAGUCAAGGUCCACAUCAAUUGCUAUAUCAGCUCGGUUGACCGUCUAAUUUGACUAUCAACUUUAGUAAAAUUGUCAUGACUUCAAUCAUAACUUACUCAAUAACAUAUACCCUAUACACUGAACCAUUACCCUCAAUCGACAAUAUAAGUUAGUAUAUGUUGUUGAUCGUAUACAAUAAACCAUCAAUACAUUAUACACUAACCACAUACGCUGUAUCCUUAUGAUUUAUGAUUUUGCUAUUAUAGUUAAUUUAAAGUGACAUUCAUAUUUUGAUUUUCAGAACAUAAAUUAAAAAUAGAUCUUUGCUAUAUGCUAACCACAUACCAUAUACACUGACUAUAUAUCUUUAUGAGUUAUGAUUUUGCUACUAUAGUUAAUUUGAAGUGACAUAAAUACUUUUAUUUUCAAAAUAUAGAUUAGAAAGGAUCUCUGCUAUAUCCUAACCACAUACCCUAACCAUAUAUCUUUGUGAGUUAUGAUUUUGCUACUAUAAUUAAUUUAAAGUGAAAUUCGUCUCUACCCAUCCCAUACAUGUGCGAGUAAUACUCGUCCUGAUUCUUGUUUAAUGCGAGACGAGUAUGGGUAUUGAGGUACUCACCCCGCCCUAUUGCCAUCACUAGCCAGAUCCAUAGCUCUCUUAAACCAUUUAUCAGGUAGGGAUGAUAAUUUGAACCCGCUUCGCCGAGUAUUUCCCGACCUGCAGUAGCGUGGGGUAGGACAUGAGUUACUACUUCUGACUUGCCCUGUCUCGCCCCAAUGAAAAUUUAAAUAGGUGCAAUACUUUAUCUUUCAAUUAUUCAUUCUAUAAUCACUAUUUUUCAUUCAUAAAGUGUUUUUUUUUGUUUUAUUAUAAAAGAAAUUUUUUCGUUUAUUUUCUUCAAAAAAUAUGUAAGAAUGAGUCGACCCACCACAUUCUGCAUUCACGUAAAUAUUAUCCGACCCGACCCACACUUAAUACAAGACGAAUAUGAAUAUUGAGAUACCCGCCCGCUUCGCCCCGUUUACCAUCCAUAGUCUUAAGGUCAUGGGCAAGACCUGGCAUGGCAUUAUGAUCGAGUAGCUGCAUCUCCCUUGUAUAAGUUACAUCACUUAGUUGGCCACCACAACUAUAUUUUCCGCCAAGUCAGAAAGAGAAAUUAAGUGGCCACUGCAGCAAUCCUUUUCCGAGUAGGAUUAGCUUAGGAAUAAUACCCAUCCUUCCAG